AGGAACUACACUACCCGAAAGGCUUUGCGUAUUCUAGUUGACUACGUGGCUCCUACGUUCCUUUACUACCGACCGGGGUGAUUUAAACUUAGAAUGAGUAAGAAGAGGGGCAUUUUUUUUUUAGAUCAAUCUGAAAUUUAAUGAGUAGCUAGUUAAUACUUUUAUAGUUUAAAGCAACAUUUGUUAUUUUCAUAGAUACGUUUGGAUUAACGUUUUGCAAUGUCUGGGAAAAUCAAGAGCCGAAUCGCGGCAAAUGCCGACUCGUUGUCUGGAAGUGUGUCUUGCGAUGAGCGCAUUUUACGAGACUGUCAUCAAUUGUACAUCGAUGCCGACAGUGGGCUGGUAGCAGUGGCCCAGUCCGUUGGCGUGACUCUGCUGGCACCCAGGAAAAAGAUCACGGUCAUGUUGAUGGGCAACCACUCUGCCGGCAAGAGCUCCUUCAUCAACUGGUAUGUGGAGGAACACAUCCAGCGUACAGGAGUGGCCAUUGAGACGCAAGGCUUCAGCUUUGUCACAAGUGGCCGCAAGAGAGAGUCUCUCACAGGAAAUGCCACGCUGCACCUUUACCCACACUUCAAACCUCUACACGAGCUCAAAGGUGUGUCUGAGUACCUGGGUACUGAGAUCUGCACUUCGAGGCAAAAGCGCUUCAGCCUGGUGACGUUUGUGGACUCUCCUGGCCUGGUGGACGGGGACAUGAAGUACCCCUUCGAUGUGGACCAGGCCAUCAUGUGGCUGGGCGAGCUGUGUGACCUCAUCCUGGUGUUCUUUGACCCCAUGGGCCAGGCGCUGUGCAAACGCACCCUCAACAUUGUGGAGAAGCUCAACGAGAAGCACGGCGACCGUCUGCGCUUCUACCUCAGCAAGGCCGACGAGGCCGGGGGAGAGUCGGACAGACAGAGGGUGAUGAUGCAGAUAGUCCAGGAGCUGUGCAAGCGGCCGGGACUCAACAAGUGUGGCUUUGACAUGCCUACCAUCUAUGUCCCCAACCCCAACAAGCCCAGUCGCUGUGUGAACCAGAUUGAGGAGGCAUGUCGCACCAUCGAGAAGACCAUCAACCAGACGGUCCAGAACACACUCAACUCACUAGAGAAGGACUGUGAGCUCAUCACUAAGGCCAUUGCAGAUACACUCAGCCACGACAGGCAGACCAGUGUAGAUAACCGGCGGGCGCGCUGUAAGGGCUGUGUGUUGGCUCUGCUGGGCUUCAGUGUGCCCUUCAUGCUGAUGGCAGCCCUGGUGCUGGGCAGCCUCUCCAGAGAGCUGCUAGAGAUGUCCCUGGGGCAUGAUGGCAUCGAGGCCCUCUCUCUCUACCUGACUCCUGUAGUGAGAGUGUUUGACUCUAUGUCUGUGGAGUACCAGCUCUACAGUUGUGGCGGACUCAUCUUCCUCUCCUUCCUACUCCUCAUCCUUGCCCGCUUCUCCUUCAGAUCUCGGCCCACUCUCUCUGGCCGACAGAAGAGGCAGCUACAGGAAAAGCUGGAUUAUGUGCAGGAGGUGGUAAAGACCAAGAAGAAGAAGCUCUAUGAGGAAUACCUUCGCCAGAGUGUGGGUGAUCAAGAUAUGGACUGAUAGAAAAAGCAAGGGAUGGAUCGAUGGAAGGAAAGAAUGGAGGAAACCACAGAAGUACCACUUAACAUUCCCACUGUAGAGGACCAAAUGUAAUGUAGGGUUUAAACUGUUCAUGCUUUACCUUCCUGGCCAUGCCUUUAUGGUGCAUUUAUGACAAGUUGGAAACUCUGGGGCUGUUCAAUGUUGGUCAUCAGAGGCCAAAACACUUCUGGUGUUAAUCCUGUCCUUCUAAUCAGGGACUGAUUCAGACCUGGGACAUCAGGUGAGUGAAAUUAACCACCAGGUAGAAAACUGGAAAACUUGGGCCUCCUCUUUCUACGACGAAUUUCCAAGUCGAAAAUGUUGGAGUUUCCGACUUGUCUUGAACGCACCAGUUACGCGUCUCUCGGGCGCACGCAGGGUGACAUGGGAAAUGUAUCCUUGUCCAAGUGUUGUCAGUCCAAUGUCUGUUCAUUCAUGUUAUUGUAAACCAUAGAUCACCUUUAAUGUCUGAUACAGUAAGCUCUUAGAAACCAACUACUAACUGUGGUACUCAUUAAUUUACCAGUGUUUCACUCCCAUGUUACCUGAUUGUUGUUUUUCAAAUCCUCAUGCUAACUGGCAUCAUGGGACCGGUAUUUUUGAGAAUUCUGUGCACUAACUACAUUAUGAAUUGAACAAAGCAUUUAUAUAUAUUUGUUUCAAUGUUUUUUGGUAGCCACAGCUGUGCCUGUUUGCUCAGACAAACACCUAUGAUGCAAUAUAAACCAAUAACAUUACAUGGGACCUGUGUUUUUGUACAAGGUGAACUCAGCAAUCCAUGUCUCUGUAAGUAAAUCGGCAUCAAAUGACUUUUGCAGGGCUAUUUACUUGCUGUUCCUUUUGUUCACAUGUAACUGUUCAAAGCUGCAAUUGUGCACUUCCACAUAUUUUCUGACCUUGAUUAUGUCAACUGUUACUAACCGUAAGACUGUCAUGGGAGACUCAUGAAUAAGCACAACGGCUGCUUUGUACUGAUGUGUGACCAAGCAGUUAACAACCAUGAUAUGACACCGAGAGCCUGUUCUUUUUUUUUCUCCUUUUUUCUAACUUUUUUUUACUUUUCCUACAUUGUUACUGUUUCAUUCAAAAUUAUAUAAUUAAAACGCACAGUUUGUACAAACCAA